UUCUUCUCGCGGCGCUACCUGGCUGACCUGGAGCGCCGCGCAGCGCAGGCCGCGGCUGCCAGGGCAGAUGGACCACGGGGUGGCGGCGGCAGCGCAGGAGGCGGCCAGAAGCCCAGGCAGCGGCACCACCAUGACCGGGAUCACUCGCAGGAGCAGCAGCAGCAGCAGCCAGGGGCGUCGGUGAUGAAUGCGGCGCGGCCCAAGCCAGACUGA